AUGAAUCUACAAAGACAAUGUCAAUCAAAUAAAAAGGAAAACAUUCCAGGAAACGGAUUUACACUUUUCAGUGGAAAAGACAUGGUUAGAAACAAGCAUAUUCAACGAACGGAUAUAGUGCAACCCGUCCCAAUUAUAAUUACGGCAAUGAAACUUACAACGUGA